AUGCAGCAGUCACUAUCCACUCCUGCAAUAGUACUCGAAGGACUCAUGUCGCAGAGCCCCGAUCUCCAUCCGUCCUCUGAGUCCCCCGUCCUGUCAACCGUCCGGGCUUGGUACGACGCCACGGCGAAGUGGGAUCUCAAUGCUCUGGCCGACCUCUUCCACGAUACCUAUUACCAUCAGACGAUACCAGCCAUCGCCGACGACGGAAUCAAGAACAAGAAGCAGGCUUUGGAUUAUGCUGAUUCCGUUUCUGAAGCUCUUGGGAAGCUCCCGAUGAAGGUGAUAUUUCAUUACGAGCUAUUCGAUAUCAUCGAGAGCCAAAACCGUAUCUGGGUGCACUCCCGCUUGUACGCCGAGAAAGACGGCAAGAUCUUGUUCAACAACGAAUCCAUCUUUCUCUUCACCCUCACUGAAGACGACAAGCCGAAGAUCAAGGCCAUACGCGAGUUCGUCGAUACGAAAACGCUGAGCGAUUGGAAGAGCCAGUCGCUGUAG